AUGGGAUCUGGCUCCAGCAAAGCCAAGAGUCUUGCCGCUAGAGAAAGUCCUGAUUUAAGCCCGCGAAAGCCGGUUGCUAAUGUAAAUAAACCCGAACUGUCGUCUCCGACAACGGACAGGGCGGCAAUAAAUUCGACAAAUAAUAAUAACUAUGACAUCAAUUGUGUAGAGGAAAAGCAAGGCCGAAUCGCUGAAGGUGCUAGUAAAUUAUCGCUUCAUGAAAAUAGAAUAAAAAAGGAUACAAAAACUAGUGGAUACAACAUCACUGAAAGUUCUAGAGCGCAACAGUUUGACGAAGAUUCUGAUUUCGACGACGAUGAUAUCGACACGAUUUUACAAAUUCCAGUGGCUAUUGGCAAAUCAAAGCAGGGCGGAAACAAACAGAAGAUAAUAAAACAAGCACAGAGUGACAGAAUCAUUGGUACUGGUGAGAUAUAUAACGUCAGUGGCACAACAGUACCUGGGUAUGCCGACGUGCCGCUGCCAGAAACAUAUGCUCAACGAAUGCAGCGACAACAGUAUACACUUCAGCAAAACGUUGUUCUGCGUGACAAGGAGGUUGUCAAGAGUGCACCAGGGUGGCGACAAGAAAGUGACGAUGAGGAGGAUGGAAAAUUACAGACAGGAUUUGAUGCCAGCAAGUACCGGGCAGUUAACAGAGGAAGCGGCUUCAUGACAGAUGUGUACACAUCAGGCUCUCAAGGUGUCAAGACUCAGCAUGACCUCCAUAAAUCAACGGGACAUUACCUGGAUGACCUGGGGCUAAACACCCAGGAAAAUAUGUCUGUGGUCAAACAGCUUCCACAGUAUAACCAGUCGGAGCUGGAUUUGAUGAGACAGUUAGAGGACGACCUCUUGUGA